AUGGCGAUGACGAUGACUGGCCGUGUGCUUCUGGUGUGUGCCCUCUGCGUGCUGUGGUGCGGUGUAUUUGGAAUUGCGGCCGAUGAUGCUGGCGGUGGUGAUGGCAGUGCGGGUGAGAAUUUGAUCGCUUUGUGGCUUACCCGGCUGCGGAUGGAAUGCGCGGAGGAGGUCAUCAGGAGGAAAGGAAGCAGUGCGAAUGCAUCCGCCGUUGAGGAAUGCAUGCGUCGGGGGAUGGACGGUGUGCGUGCCGUUUUGGAUGGCCGUCGUCGUUGGAGACGUCAGCAGUUUGCCGUGGCUGCUGCUGAUGUUGCUCGGGAUGUUAGCGAUCCUGAAUCUUCCUCACAGGGACAGUCAGGGAGUGACGAUGGUUUGAAGGACAAAGUACCACUUGAACCAGCGUUGGAACCACCACCAGAAAAAUUGGAUAAAGCACCAGGGAACGGAGAUGCGUUACAGACGCCCGCGGAGAUUCCUGGGCUUCCCGAAACCAGAUCUGAAAAAAUGUUAAAUGAAAAAAAUGAAAAAGAAGUAAAAGACGACCGAGACCCAGUGAAACGGAUUGGUGAAGGUGUCAGUAUCGAUAUUGACGAGGAAGUUGAUGGAGCCGCUGAAAUAUCAGAUGAAAAUCCAAAACACGAAGACGAAGAAGCAACGAAUACAAGAGAGAGAAACGGGGGAGAAGGAAGCUUGAACAACGAAGAUGAAAUCAGUGGAAAUCAUCAUGUCAGUGAUGAUAUUUCCACUGGACUACAUGUAGCUCUUCCAUCUGUUUCGCACGUUAACGGUAAAGGCACUCAAAGUGUUGAAGGGACAAAUGGCACCGUUGGAGAAAAAGGACUUGCUGGCCAAACGAUAGUCCAACAAGCAGAGGGAUCUCCAGCGCCAGAGGAACCAACCGUGGAAUUCAUUCAGAAAGAAGAUACAUCUAAAGAGGCAAAAGAAAAAGGGCAUCAAGUGGGUAGAGGAAAAGAACAAACAACAAUCGAAGAAAAAUCAACAGAAGGAGCAGCAGCGGGAAACACUGCGGAGGACAGUCACGUAACUGAGGCUCAAACACCAGAACAGUCUGAAACAAGCAACACAAAUGGAAACGUUGAAAAAGCAGAAGAGAAAAAAAGAGAUGAAUCCACCAAAAACGAAGAGAAAUCAACGAAAGAGAAAGAACGAGAAAAGAACGCAGUGAAGUCAAAAAAUGAGGAAAAAGAAGAAACCAAAGAAGAACGCGUAGCCGAUGAAAAAGAAACGACAACAGUCGAAAAAAAAAUGGCAGCAGUCCAAAGCCUUACAAAAAUUAAUACGACGACACCUGGCGACAGUGACAGCAGCACCGCGGCCUCCCACACCACCUCCCCUCUUUUGCUUCUUCUUCUUGUUGUUGUUGCGUGUGCGGCUGCUGCUGCGGUGGUGGCCGCGUGA